AUGUCAGAAAUCGUCAACAACCUCCUCGGCAAACUCGCCGACCUACUGGGCGACGAGUGUCAGAAGCUCAAAGGGGUGGAGCAUCAUGUGCAGUUCCUCGAGGAUGAGCUCAGCGCCAUGAAAGCUCGCCUCGAGGAGCUGGGGCCAAGGGAUGAACUCGAUCCCUCGACGAAGGACUGGCAGGGCCAUGUCAGCGAUAUGGCCCCCGACAUGGAGGAUUGCAUUGAUGACUUCAUUCUCAAUCUUAGAAGUGUCAAUGCCAACGCAGGUUUUAUUGAGAAGGUCACUCAAUUUCUCAAGAACCUGUGGGUGCGUUAUCAGUUUACAAGCCAGAUUCAAGAGCUCAAGGAUCGUGCCAUAGAGACGAAUCAUCGACGCAAAAGGUACAAGCGUGAUGAUAGCAGUAACUCUAGCUCUGACCUUGUGGCUGUCGAUCCUCGGAUGCCGGCACUCUACAGAGAGGCAGCCUGCCUUGUGGGUAUUGAUGGCCCAAGGGAAGAGCUUGUCCGUUGGCUGACAGAUAGUGAGCAAGAACUCAAGGUGGUCUCUAUUGUGGGAUUCGGAGGUCUUGGUAAAACCACACUUGCCAAACAGGUGUAUGAUAAGAUUGGUGGACAAUUCAAUUGUAAGGCAUUUGUGUCGGUUUCCCAGAGACCAAACAUGGCAAGGCUCUUGACUGGGCUACAAUCAAAGCUCAAGAGAACAGAGCAUUGCUGCACUCAGGAGGUGCAAGAGGUGCAAGACAUCAUCAGCAAGCUUCGAGAGCAUCUCACACACGAGAGGUACUUUAUCGUAGUCGAUGACUUGUGGGGUCGACAAACAUGGGAUGAUAUUAGUUGUGCUUUUCCAGAUAGUGGCAAUGGUAGUAGAAUAAUCGUAACUACACGAGUGGAAGAUGUGGCUUGCUGGGCAUGUCACAAUCGCCAGCAGUGCAUUUACAAAAUGAAGCCUCUCAACGACCAAGACUCAAAAAGGUUAUUCUUUAGUAGAGUGUUUGGGCCUGAGCAUGUCUCUCCAUCCCAUAUGAAGAAGUUUCAACUGAAAUUUUGA